GAAUCUCUGCGGUGUACGGUGUGCGAACGAUUUUAUUUAAAUAAAAAAAUAUAUAUAUAUAAUAUAUUAAAUAUAAAAGUAUAUAAGAGUGUUUUGUAGUGCAAAAUGUCGUUGAAAAAUUUAAAUCCUACAACUGCUGAGAAAUCGCAGGAUAUGACGGACAAUUCGAGUGACUCAACUGGUUCCUCAAAUUCGGAAGUUAAGAAAAGAUUUACAGUUAUAGAACCGGCAGUGUUUCUAAUUUAUAUAUCCACAACAAUGGCUAGUGCUGUGCUGCAAAAUCAACAACUUUAUCUGACAUGCACCGUUGUUUACGAUUACAGUGAUGAACUUUGCGAGCCGAUGCUGGGAAUUAAGGCUAAAAAUGAAGCAUCACAAGAUAUUGAAACCAAAAUACAACCCUACGUGGCCAAUAUUAUUAUGGCCGGCUCGUUAAUUACCAGCAUCUUGCCCGCAAUUCUCAGCUUGCUUCUAGGACCUUGGUCUGAUAAGUUUGGACGUCGCCCGGUGCUCAUAGCAACCUUUGCUGCCGCCUUUAUUGGACACGCUACCUCAACAAUUCUAACUGGUAUAUCAAUGGCGACGCCAUUAAAUCCGUGGGUUUAUGUACUAUCGAAUAUUCCCUUGACUGUGACUGGCGGCACCUGCGCCCUGAUAACGAUGGUUUUCUGCCUGGUGUCUGAUGUGUCGGAUGAGGAUGGUAAAGUGAGACGUAUGUUCUUCAUUGAAGGCGCUGUGGGUAUUGGCUCGCUUGGGGGAAAUUUAAUCAGCAGUUAUAUAUUGUCUGCGAUUGGUGUUAACGGUGUUUUCUUGGUUUCAUCUGGCAUGGAUUUGGCUGCUUUCUUGUUUGUGUACUUCUUUAUAACCGAAAGUCUAAAUGUGAAACACGAGCGGCAAGAGUCAAGAUUGCGUGAGUUCUUCAAAUUUGGCUUAAUUAAGGACCUCGUGAGAAGUUGCUUAAAGCGCAGACCGCACUUUGAUCGGGCCGUUAUCUGGUGCAUUAUAUUCACAAUGAUCACGACGACUUUCGUGCAACAGGGUGAAGGCGGUGUUUCGUAUCUGUUUCUGCGCAACAAAUUUAAUGUCACUCUGCAGGAUUUCACCACUUUAAUGGCCGCUGGAAUUGUCAUUAAAAUGAUUGGCUGUGGUUUAGUUCUGGUUUUACUGCGCGUGCUUUUCAAAGCACCUUUACUCGUGGUCUCUGCUUUGGGUAUACUCGGCUGCUUCACUGAAGAUCUGAUGCGCACCUUGGCUCAACAGUUUUGGCAAAUGUAUCUAGCAACUGCGUGUGGCUUCAUGGCUGGCAUCAACAAUCCCAUGUUGCAAGCUGUGCUAGCGAGUUUGGUGGAAGCAACGGAAAUCGGUAAAGUAUAUGCUGUGAUUUCGGCACUACAAACGCUAGCUCCCCUGGCAGCUUCUCCCAUCUACACUAGUAUUUAUAAAAUGACUUUAGUAUCAAAUCCGGCCGCCUUCUACUAUCUGAGCUGUGCCAUUUAUUUGAUCGGCUUUUUGCUUAUUGGAACCAUCUACAUUUUCCAACGAAUGAGCAUUAACGCUAGCAGGUCUCCCAUAGCGGCUUAGUGCAAAUGCGAAUGGAUUUAAAAUUUGAGCUCUUCAAUUCUGAACGGAUCUUGCUUCGAUCGUAAAUAGAAUUCGGUUUAUUUCUACUACUUCUAUGUAUUAUUUAAGAUAACGCCGAAGUUCAAAAGUAAAAAUAAACAUCUACUUGUAUACGAGUAAAAUUAUUAACUAAUUAUCGAUUAGUUAAUUGCAUUCAUUAAACUUUCAUUAAAAACGUUAAAACAUAACUUUUAUUUAAUAUAAAUAUUAGGAACACAAUACUACUACAUACACAAAACUACUUAAAUAUUAUGACAAAAAUUUAUUUUUAAUUUUUUAAGCAAAAAUAUAAACGAAAUUCGCAUAUACAUAUA